UCCACGCGGUCCUGGCCAUGCAGGGUCCCCCUGCGCCAGCCCCGGCCCCUGGGCCCGGCUCCCCUCGGGGCUCCCCGCGAGGCUCCCCCGGGCUCUUCAGGAAGCUCCUGGUGAACCAGAGCAUCCGCCUGCAGCGGCGCUUCACGGUGGCCCAUCCCCUGUGCUUUGACCUGGAAAAUGGGCUGUCGCGUGGAAGGACUGUCCUGGACCCUCAGUCCGGGCCUGGCCUUGGACGUGGGGCUCAGGCCCCGGCCCCCCACAGCCAGCGGCGAGAGUCUUUCCUGUACCGCUCGGACAGCGACUAUGAACUGUCACCUAAGGCCUUGUCCCGGAACUCCUCCGUGGCCAGCGACCUACAUGGAGAAGACAUGAUAGUGACGCCCUUUGCCCAGGUCCUCGCCAGCCUGAAGACAGUUCGCAGCAACGUGGCCGCCCUUGCCCAAGGCCAAGUCCAUGGUGCAGUCAAGCAGGCAUCUGUCGGGAACCCUCCACCCAGCAGCCAGCCCCCUCCACCUGCAGAAGACUCUGGGCAGAAGCUGGCCCUGGAGACCCUGGAGGAGCUGGACUGGUGUCUGGAUCAGCUAGAGACGCUGCAGACUCGGCACUCGGUCGGGGAGAUGGCCUCCAACAAGUUCAAGCGGAUGCUGAACCGGGAGCUCACCCAUCUGUCCGAAUCCAGCCGCUCUGGGAACCAGGUGUCCGAGUACAUCUCCAGAACCUUCCUGGACCAGCAGACGGAGGUCGAGCUGCCCAGGGCGGCCCCUGAGGAAUCCCAGAGGCCCAUGUCGGAGAUCAGUGGCCUCCGUGGGCUCCCCCACAGCGCCAGCCUCUCUGCAGCCACUGUCCCACGCUUUGGGGUCCAGACCGACGAGGAGGGGCAGCUGGCCAAGGAGCUGGAAGACACCAACAGGUGGGGCCUCGAUGUGUUCAAGGUGGCGGAGCUGAGCGGGAACAGGCCGCUGACGGCCAUCAUAUUCAGCAUCUUUCAGGAACGGGACCUGCUCAAGACCUUCCAGAUCCCGGCUGACACCCUGGCCACCUACCUGCUGACGCUGGAGGGUCACUACCACGCCGACGUGGCCUACCACAACAGCCUGCACGCCGCCGACGUGGCCCAGUCUGCGCAUGUGCUGCUGGCCACGCCUGCCCUGCAGGCGGUGUUCACAGACCUGGAAGUCCUGGCUGCCAUCUUUGCAAGUGCCAUCCACGACGUGGACCACCCCGGGGUCUCCAACCAGUUCCUCAUCAACACCAACUCGGAGCUGGCGCUGAUGUACAACGACGUCUCGGUGCUGGAGAACCACCACCUGGCCGUGGGCUUCAAGCUGCUACAGGAGGAGAACUGUGACAUCUUCCAGAACCUCAGCAAGCGCCAGCGGCAGAGCCUGCGCAAGAUGGUCAUCGACAUGGUGCUGGCCACAGAUAUGUCCAAACACAUGAAUCUCCUGGCGGACCUCAAGACCAUGGUAGAAACCAAAAAGGUGACAAGCCUCGGUGUCCUGCUCCUGGAUAACUACUCCGAUCGCAUCCAGGUCUUACAGAACCUCGUCCACUGUGCUGACCUCAGCAACCCCACCAAGCCGCUGCCCCUGUACCGCCAGUGGACGGACCGCAUCAUGGCGGAGUUCUUCCAGCAGGGUGACCGGGAGCGCGAGUCGGGCCUGGACAUCAGCCCCAUGUGCGACAAGCACACGGCCUCGGUGGAGAAGUCCCAGGUGGGCUUCAUCGACUACAUCGCCCACCCGCUGUGGGAGACCUGGGCUGACCUGGUCCACCCCGACGCACAGGACCUGCUGGACACGCUGGAGGACAACCGGGAGUGGUACCAGAGCAAGAUCCCCCGCAGCCCCGUGGACACCGCGGUCAGCUCGGAGCGGGGGCCCCCCGACAGGUUCCAGUUCCAGCUGGCCCUGGAGGAAGCAGAGGAGGAGGAGGAGGAGGAGGAGGAGGAAGCCCUGGAGAGGGAGCCCUUGGGGUCACCUGACACUUAGCUCCAGUACCCAAGGCCCUGGGGGCCCUGCCCCUGGACAACCAGGAGAUUCCAGGCAGGCCCUGCGUGGAACCCGGGGCCAAGCAAUGACCAAGCCCUUUGGCACCCGACAGCCCUCGUGGGUGAACUUUCCAGAAGGAGGCUGCAGGGGGCCCUUGCUUCACGUUCCCACCUGCUGAGUCAGACAACCAACUUUUUAGUGAUAGGUAGGUCUCAGGGUCCAAUGGAGGCUGGGGUCCACUCUGACCUCAGGUUCAGCUGAAAUGGCUCUACGGGGCUGGACGGGGGCAGCUUCUUACAGCACCCUUGGGCUCUCCCUCUGGACCUCUAUCCCUAGUAUGGAAAAGGGGGUCUGCCAGGCCCUUGUCCACCUUCUGCAGUCGUCAUUCUUGAACCACAUCUAUCACUGAAUUCUUUCUUUCUUUCCAUGUAUUUAUUGAGCAGCUACUAUGUGUCAGGCCUGUGCCUGCUCUGUGCUUCUGGGGUAGCCCUGCACAAGGUAGGGAGGGAGUCAGCACCCCACAGGGGCCACAGGGGCCUCCCCACCCUCCUCUGCCAGGCGGCUCACGGCAGGAGAAUGUGUACUUGAAGUGUUGGUGGGGGCGGGGCGCGAUUCUCAGGGCCAAAGCUUCAUGGAGACCCGAUUCUGGCCCUGGAGCUGUGGUGGAGGCUUAGGAAAAGGGAGGCUCUUGUUGGGGACCGUGUCUGAAGGCUGAUUUAAGCUGCACAGCACUUGUUGAAAUGGUUGCUGUUUUGUUUUGGUUUUUUCUUUUCCUGUUGCUGGGGAUGGACUGCAGGGCCUUGCACGUGCCAGGCAGGCGCUCCACCACCCAGCUCCUCCCCGCCCCUCGGCCUCUGCCUUCUCUGACUCCCUGCCUCCGGGUGUAAGGGUCUCCUGCUCCCUCUAUUUCCCUACGCUGGGUCUCCCCCCAACCCAUGGUCUCCUUCUUGACAACAGAACUGCAUUCCACCCCGUACAGCUGGCCUCUGUGUCUCCUGAUCCUCUGUCCCCAGAGGGAGGGAGCCCUGAGCUGCUUUCUUGCAGUCCUUAGCUCCUUCUGGGCCCCUGCUCAAGGUCGGCUGAGGAUGUGGUGUCCGUGACAUCCCUAAAAGAUCUCCGACACGGGCAGCAGUGAGCAUCUCUCUGGGGCUCAGUAAACCCUCCAGACUUUAAGACACCCUAAUUUACAAAACUAAGUGUCCUAUCCAGGUGUGGUGGCCCGCGCCUGUAGUCCCAGGGACUCAGAAGGCUGAGGCACAAGAGUUGUGAGGCCAGACUGGGUCAUUAGAGAGAUCCUGGGACGAGGUAGAAAAAUAGAAAGGUCUGGGGGUGCAGCUCAGUGGUAGAGCACCCCUGGGUUCCAUCCCUA